AUGGCGAAUUGGGAAAUAGUGGAAUUGCACAGGAAUUCAGCCAAUUGGCCAAAACCGUUGGGGGAAAUUGUAAGAAUAGAGAAAAGGGUCUUCCCUAAACAUGAAUCGCUUGCAAAGUCGUUCGAAGAAGAGCUCAGAAAGAAGAACAUUGGGUUGCUUUACUCUGAAAUUGGAGGUGAAAUUGCAGGAUAUGUCAUGUAUUCUUGGCCCUCCUCACUCUUUGCUUCAAUUACGAAACUCGCAGUCAAAGAGAACCAUAGAAGAAGAGGCCAUGGUGAAGCGUUGCUUAAAGCAGCUAUACAGAAAUGCAGGACUAGAAAUGUUCACCGCAUAUCACUUCAUGUAGAUCCCUCUAGAAGCCCAGCUAUGAGUCUUUACAAGAAACUUGGCUUCCAGCAUGGCGCAAUUGCUCUGGUUAGCAAAAUCCAGUGUCAUUGGAUACAAGCUUUUGGACUUGAGCAGAUCAAAACAAGCAUUGCCACAAGGUCAACUCAGAAAAUGACGAUGAUUGGAUUCAGUGUAUGA